AUGGCGCCUGGAUGGUUUGUCAAUUGCGCUGCUUUCCUCCUGACUUUCACCGCGGGAGGAAACGCGUACGCCCUCUCUCCUCGCGCAAAAGAUGACGGUCCCAAGGCUGUAAACAUCAGCGUCCCAGUCGAUCACUUUCACAACGACACCCUCUACGAGCCUCACUCAGACAAGAAGUUCCCGUUGAGGUAUUGGUUCGACGCGCAGUACUAUCGCAAGGGUGGUCCAGUCAUUAUCCUCGCGUCUGGAGAAACCUCAGGCGAAGACCGUAUUCCCUUCCUCGAGCAUGGCAUUCUGCAAAUGCUGGCUAAUGCGACGGGCGGUAUUGGUGUUAUUCUUGAGCAUCGGUACUAUGGAACCAGUUUUCCUGUGCCGGACUUGAAACCUGAGAAUAUGAGGUUUUUGUCCACCGAGCAGGCUCUUGCUGAUACCGCGUACUUUGCGGAGCAUGUUGAGUUUCCAGGCAUGGAGGAGCACAAUUUGACCGCUACCAACACACCGUACAUCAUCUACGGCGGCUCUUACGCUGGUGCUUUCGCUGCAUUCGCGCGCAAGCUCUAUCCCGAUCUUUUCUGGGGCGGUAUCUCGUCUUCUGGUGUCACUGCUGCUAUUGUCGAUUACUGGGAGUACUUUGAGGCUGCACGUCUCUUUGCGCCUGGCGAUUGUGCCAAGGUGACACAGAAACUCACACGCGUCGUCGACGAUAUCCUGAUGGGCGAUAACAAGGAGGAGAAGAAGCAGUUCAAGAUUGCUUUCGGCCUUCUCGGUCUUCGGGACGAUGAUUUCGCUCAGACUAUCGCCCAGGGAAUUGGUGGUCUGCAGGGAAACAAUUGGGAUCCUGCCGAGGACUCGUCUAGCUUCGGUCUCUACUGCGGCAGUGUUUCUUCCGACGACAUUCUCUACGCCAGUACCCGCCAUCUUGAGCCUUAUGUCAAGAAAUGGCUUAUCGCUUCCGGCCACAAGAAGCAGCUCAAGUACUUGACGAACCGUUUCCUCAACUACAUCGGCUACGUCCGCUCCAACGUCGAGAGCGACCAGGCCGGACGCUGUAAGGAUUUGACUUUGGAUGGAUGCUACUCCAUCCGCAACUCCAUGAACGAAACAAAGCUCGAUCCCAACUCUAUGUCGCGACAGUGGACGUACCAGACUUGCACGCAAUGGGGAUACUGGCAAACCGGCUCCGGCGCACCAAAGGACCAACUCCCCAUGGUAUCCCGUCUCAUCGACGUAGAAUACAGCACAAUUCCCUGCCGCGAAGAAUUCAACAUCACCACCCCUCCCAACGUGGAAUCCAUCAACAAGCUCGGCGGUUUCAACUUCAGCUACCCCCGCGUCGCCUUCAUCGACGGCGAGUACGAUCCUUGGAGAGCAGCGACGCCUCAUGCUAUUGGUUACAACACCGAUAGAGAGUCUACCGUUAGCGAGCCAUUCAUCUUGAUUCCUUAUGGUGUGCAUCAUUGGGAUGAGAAUGGCUUAGCGCCUGGCAGUGAGGAGAUUGGAUUGCCGCCUCCGGCUGUUAAGAAGGCGCAGGAUGAUAUUAUUGAGUUUACGAAGGCUUGGUUGGAGGAGUAUGAGAAGGAGAAGGGCACUGGUGCUGCGGAGCUUUAG